AUGGUCCGGUUGGGAUUGCCCUCACGGUUGAGUUCGCAUCUCUCCGCGAGGAGCGCGUCGUCAACACCCGGCCAGAGCAGAAGCACCAGUCCGCUCCGGGCACCAGACUCGAAACCGCUGCAACUGAAAGUUUCGGUCAUUCGGGGCCAAAACCUCGCGGCCAAAGACCGCGGUGGCACGAGCGACCCAUACUUGGUGGUUACAUUGGGAGACGCAAGGCAGUCAACUCCGACAAUAUUCAAGACACUGAACCCCGAAUGGAACGUCUCUUUCGAAAUGCCCAUCGUGGGCGUACCGCUGCUAGAAUGUAUCUGUUGGGAUCAUGAUCGGUUUGGCAAGGAUUAUCUGGGCGAAUUCGACAUCGCACUAGAGGACAUCUUCACUGAUGGCCAAUUGAAUCCAGAGCCUAAAUGGUAUACCCUCAACUCGAAACGGAAGCCAACCAAGAAGAAGGACAGCACUAUCUCAGGCGAAAUUCUACUGCAAUUCUCCCUCAUUGAUUCCGCGAACCCCGCUGCGCCGCCGCCAGAUACAUACCGCAAGUUCAAACGACUCGUAUUCUCGGGGGAUGACGAUGAGCAGAUCCCCCGACCGACCUCCGAUGAAGCCGAUGACCUGACACAGCCAGAAGUGGUGGAGAAGCGUCGCAGGCGACUUCGCCUGGCCCGCUUAAGACGCAAGUCGCUGGCAGCUCGCGCAUAUCAGUUUUCUGGCUCAGGCAGCGGAGUGCAAGGCAUUGUCUUUAUGGAAAUCGUCAAAGUAACCGAUCUGCCUCCUGAACGGAAUGUGACCCGAACAUCUUUUGACAUGGAUCCCUUUGUCGUGACUUCUCUCGGGAGGAAGACAUUGCGGACACCAGUCAUACGCCAUAAUCUGAACCCGGUUUACCACGAGAAGAUGGUGUUCCAGGUCAUGCGACACGAACAGAACUACACCAUUAGCUUCACCGUGAUGGAUCGUGACAAAUUCUCCGGCAACGAUUUUGUUGCCUCUACUGGUUUCCCUCUCCAAAGUCUCGUCCAAUCUGGCCCUAUUGCAGACCCUGCGACGGGGCUGUACCAAUUUAUAGAGUCGGAGGAGAUGGUAGAGGAGCCAAGCUCGGCCUCCAAGUCAUCGCGAGUCAGCCCCUCCGCCUCUUCUUCAAAUCUUUCAAAGGUGUCUAGGCCCAUAUUGAAGAGUCGUAGCUCCAAUACCUCGGUCUCAAGUCAAUCCAUGCAGGAUGUACCUGUGCCAACUCUUGUUACUCCAUCCUCCUUCCCAGGAGAAGGAAUUGCAGAGAUGGAUAGCGUCAGCUCCUUGCAGGUGCCCUCCAUUACGACUGCGUAUGAUAGUGACUCGGCCCCGCCACCUGACAAAGAUGGCUUCCGAUCUUAUACAAUUCCUCUCAUUCUAAAGAACCGGGAGCGCUGGGAAGACAAGCAUUCACCCGAGUUGCAUGUCAAGGCAAAGUUCCUACCUUAUAGUGCUUUGCGUCAACAAUUCUGGAGACUGAUGCUCAAGCAAUACGAUGCAGACGAGAGCGGUUGCAUUGACAAAGUUGAGAUGACAACAAUGCUUGAUACUCUCGGUUCUACCUUGAAGGAGUCAACCAUUGACAGCUUCUUUGAGCGCUUCAGCGCAGAGAACGAGGCCAAUGGAAACGACGAUCUCUCAUUCGAUCAGGCGGUGGUCUGCCUUGAGGACACGCUUAAGACUCUGCAAAAGCGAAAUGCAAUGGGCAUUCCAAAGCUGCCCCCGCUCCCGCCGCUGUCGAACUCUGGAAGCCAAGAAAGUGAACCAUCUAGCAGCGAUGAGCACUUGGAAUCCAGCACCAGUGCACCUUCCAACUCCGACCCACGUAGAACAACCAUUCCUACCCUGUCUACAGAAGACCAGUCAAGCUCCAACGAUGAGUACCCUCAGCCCGAUGAUCUCGCGGAUGAAAGGGGUGAGGAGCACGUUAUUGAAAUCCGUGAAUGUCCUCUUUGCCACCAGCCUCGUCUUUCCAAACGCUCUGAUGCGGAUAUUAUUACCCACAUUGCUACUUGUGCAAGUCGCGACUGGCGGCAGGUUGACAACCUGGUGAUGGGUGGUUUCGUGACCUCCAGCCAGGCACAGCGCAAGUGGUACUCUAAAGUCAUAACAAAGAUCUCAUAUGGUGGAUAUAAACUCGGAGCGAACUCGGCCAAUAUUCUUGUGCAGGAUCGUAUCACCGGUCAGAUCAACGAAGAACGUAUGAGUGUCUAUGUGCGAUUGGGAAUCCGAUUGCUCUACAAGGGUAUCAAGAGUCGUGACAUGGAAAAGAAACGAAUUCGACGUGUUCUUCGUUCUUUAAGUGUCAAGCAGGGCCGGAAGUACGACGAUCCAGCCUCUGCAUCUCAGAUCCAAGACUUUAUCAACUUCCACCAACUGGAUAUGUCUGAAGUCUUGCUUCCGUUUGAGAAGUUCCGUAACUUCAACGAAUUUUUCUACCGGGCGCUGAAGCCCGAUGCCCGUCCAUGCUCCGCUCCCGAGGAGCCCAAGAUCGUCGUAUCCCCUGCAGACUGUCGCUCCGUCGUCUUUGACCGCAUGAGCGACGCAACGAGUGUCUGGGUGAAGGGUCGCGAGUUCUCUAUUGAAAGGCUGUUGGGCAAUGCCUAUCCAGAUGAUGCAGCUCGGUAUCGUAAUGGCGCCUUGGGUGUGUUUCGUCUGGCGCCCCAGGAUUACCACCGCUUCCAUAUUCCCGUCGAUGGAAUCAUGGGCGAGCCUAAAACCAUUGAGGGCGAGUACUAUACUGUGAAUCCCAUGGCGAUUCGCUCCGCGCUGGAUGUCUACGGUGAGAAUGUGCGCGUCCUCGUUCCUAUCGACUCCGUUUCCCAUGGCCGGGUCAUGGUUGUUUGUGUUGGCGCCAUGAUGGUGGGUAGCACGGUCAUCACCCGGAAAGCUGGCGAGAAAGUCACACGCGCUGAAGAGCUGGGCUACUUCAAGUUCGGUGGUAGCACCCUUCUCAUUCUCUUCGAAGAGGGCAAGGUCAACUUUGACAGGGACCUGGUGGAUAAUUCCAAGGGGGCUCUAGAAACUCUGAUCCGAGUUGGCAUGUCUGUCGGCCACAGUCCCGAUAUCCCUCAAUUCGAGCCCGACAUGCCCAAGAAGGCCGAGAAUAUCACCGCCGAGGAGAUGCAAGAAGCCAAGCGUCGCAUCGAAGGCAGUCUUGCACCCCCGAGUCACCCUUCCACCAUACUGAAGACACUCACCUGA